AAGGAGACUUUGGAAUUGAAUUUUUCAGUAAUGCUGUAAGUUUUAGGGUUUUGACACCUUUUAGAGCUGGACUACAUGUAUUUUACCUAAAGAGAUAUGCUUGAGUCUUUGAAAGACUUGGGACAAAAUGUUAUGUUUUAUAUCUAGACUCCCUCCAAGCCUUAUAACAUCAUUGGGUCUGAAAGUACUAUACUCAUUGGUGGAUUAGUCCAUUUAUGAAUUUGUAGCUAAGUGGAUUGUUUGGAGAUAAAGCCUGGUCAGAAUAGGUGAGUCACUUGGAGUGUGGCCUGGGAAGCUCUCUGCCUUCUCCCCAGCUCCCUUCCCUCCCUCUGCUUCCUUUCCGCUAUGCUGUGAGCUCUCCUCUGCAUGCCUCUUUGCCUUGGUGUCUGCUUUGAAGUUAGCCAGCUAUGGACUGAAACGGGAACAAAAAUAAGCCUCUCUUCCUUUUAGUUGAAGUGGCAGGUAUUUUGUCCUCACAGCAAGGAAACUGACUAGGACAGAUUGACCCUGGAGAGAGCUUUGCUGAGGCUUGGUGGUGGAACCCUGGCCCAGUCCAAGAUGAUCUUUUUCCUUAGGAGCUCUGUGAGUAGCAAGGGAAGACUCCCUUGUGAAAUAACAGAUCAGGCAUGUUUCCUUGAGGGGGAUUAUUGGCUCUCUGGUCUGAUAAAAUCUCUAUCCUAAGAACUUGCCCCAGGCUUCUGUUUGAUGAUCCUUGCUCUCUGCAUGUUUCAAAAUGGUCUCUUUUAUGCCUAGGGUUGCAAGUGGUUAGGGUUGGUGCCGCCUAAGGAGAAUAGCAAUUAGAGGGGAAGCUGGCAUGCAAGGAAAAAGGAGGGGCAACUUGUUAAGACUUAAUAGGCCUAAUGAGCUGGAGUUUUAAAAGAACUCAGUGCUUUCAUCUAUCCAUGGUAAAAUCUAAUCAUUACGCUGCCUUUACACAAAUCCUGGUCUAUCAGAAGAGUUUACACCCUCCAUAAAGUACUUGGGUCAGACAGUGGCUUGCUAAGGUCAAAGGUGAAGUCUCAAGGCUGUGCAGGUACCUACAUCAUACCUUCGUCCAGUGUGUUUAUUCAUGAAAUGUUUAUCGAUUAUAUACUAGUGGCUAGAGCCCAAGUAUAGACAGGCAAAAUGAAAAUUCUACCUUGUAAACCCUUACUUUGGAAUAAAGUAAGUGGGCAGUCUUGAAAUGUAAAGUUUCAAAGUUACUGAGUAAUGUUAACAGAGCUGUUGACUCCCUUUCUCACAUCCAGGGCCUAAAGGAGUCAGAGUGGGAGCAAAUCUUUCUUUGGAAAGAACUAUAUGAAGACUGCCAUCAUAUGAGUGCAGCCUUAGAAGUUUACAGGUCUCAGUGCUUGGAGAGAUUGUACCGGGAUCUCAUUCUUCCUCAGCCUGCCCAAAUCCACUGUUUCCUUUAAGACCAGUUAGCUCUGUGCCCCAGUUAUAAAAUAAGGCUUCUCUGAUUUAUGUCAGCCCUUAAGGAUUUCCACUUAUGAUUCUUGCAGUAUUUAACACCUAACUACAAGAUUUAUUUUAAAACAACCCCGAUCAGCUUUGAGUACUCCACAGUACUGACCCAUGGUCCCAUUGCCUUAUGUUCAUAUGUAUGUAAAAUGCAGUUUUACAGACAAGACCCGUGUGCUAUAGAUAAAGUAAACUUGGUGAGGGGGAACAGUCCCCUUUGGGCUCUGCCUCCCAAUUACAUUCUGUAUUCCAUAACUCAUGAGGACCACCCCAUUCAAGACAGAGACUCUGAGUAGUUGCUACCCACUGGGAAGUUUGCUGGCAUGCAGUACUGUGUGUAAGGGACACUUUUAUUAGAAUGGUUUACGGAAUGUUUUUGUGCUGCCAGAUUGGGAGAAUUAUAUGUUUUUACAGUUCUUGGUAAAAAUCCAUCUUUGCUGCUGAAAGAUUAUUGUCUGAGGAAAUAAUCAAGCGCUUGAAGGAGAAGACGUAUAUACAAGGAGAGAAGCAUUUCAGUUGCUCAACACUUUUGUCAGUGGUAUGGAUUUUAAGCCUGAUACUCCUUUUAAGUUGGAAGAAAAAAUCCUGAAGCUUGUCUGGGUAGAUACUAGUAUUCCGCUGUUGUUAAGGAUACUGUAGUAUUUCCACAUUCUGUGAUGCAAGAAUUAGCAGAAGGACUUUUGCCUCUCAAAUUCUGUGGUAAUUCAAAGGGAAUUAUUUUAAAGCACUGCCUUUGUGUCCUAUGAUGUGGUUUGUCAGAUGCUAAUAUGUUCUCGUGCUUCUGGAAAAAUGUGUGUUGAAAAGUCUUCUAGGACUUUGGAAGGUUAAAUGGACUAAACAUGAAGAGCUUGAAAGCGAAGUUCAGGAAGAGUGAUAUCAAUGAGUGGAACAAGAAUGAUGACCGCCUGCUGCAGGCCGUGGAGAAUGGCGACGUGGAGAAGGUGGCCUCGCUGCUGGGCAAGAAGGGGGCCAGCGCCACCAAGCUCGACAGUGAGGGCAAGACCGCUUUUCAUCUUGCUGCUGCGAGAGGACACGUGGAAUGCCUCCGGGUCAUGUUUACACAUGGUGUGGAUGUGACAGCCCAAGACACUACUGGACACAGUGCUUUACACCUUGCUGCCAAGAAUGGCCACCAUGAGUGCGUCAGGAGGCUCCUGCAGUCUAAAUGCCCAGCCGAAGGUAUUGACAGCACUGGGAAAACAGCUUUACAUUAUGCAGCAACGCAGGGCUGCCUUCAAACUGUGAAGGUCCUCUGUGAGCACAAGACCCCUGUAAACCUCAAGGAUUUGGAUGGGAAUAUACCACUGCUUCUUGCAGUACAAAAUGGCCAUUGUGAAGUCUGUUGCUUUCUUCUGGAUCACGGAGCAGAUGUCAAUUCCAGGGACAAAAAUGGAAGAACUGUUCUUAUGCUGGCUUGUGAGACUGGCAAUUCUAACAUCGUGGAAGCCUUAAUUAAAAAGGGUGCGGAUCCAAACCUUGUAGAUUCCCUUGGACACAAUGCCUUACAUUAUUCGAAACUCUCAGAAAAUGCAGGAAUUCAAAGCCUUCUCUUAUCAAAAAUCUCUCAGGAUGCUGAUUUAAAGACCCCAACAAAACCAAAGCAGCAUGAACAAGUCUCUAAAAUAAGCUCAGAAAGAAGUGGAACUCCAAAAAAACGCAAAGCUCCACCACCUCCUAUCAGUCCUACCCAGUUGAGUGAUGUAUCUUCCCCAAGAUCAAUAACUUCAACACCACUUUCGGGAAAGGAAUCACUAUUUUUUGCUGACCCACCCUUUAAGGCUGAGAUUAGUUCUAUACGAGAAAACAAAGACAGACUAAGUGACAGUACUACAGGUGGUGAUAGUUUAUUGGAUAUAAGUUCUGAAGCUGAUCAACAAGAUCUUUUUGCCCUACUGCAAGCAAAAGUGGCUUCCCUUACCUUACACAAUAAAGAGUUACAAGAUAAAUUACAAGCCAAAUCACUGAAGGAUGCAGAAAGAGAUCUAGGUAUUGGCUCUUUCCAUUCUACUCAGUCUGAUUUGGUUCCUUCCCUGGGCAAACCUAGUGAUGCUGAUCCCCCAGACUCCAAAUCAUCUCCACUUGGUAUAACACAUUCUUCAGGGAAAUCUACUGUAGACAGCAAUAUUAGAAUUCAGCAACUACAAGAGAGUUUGCAAGAUUUGCAGAAGAGAUUAGAGAGCUCUGAGACAGAGAGGAAGCAGCUACAGACCGAGCUCCAAACCCGAAGGACAGAAUUGGUAUGCUUGGACAACACAGAGAUUUCAGACAAUGGCUCUGACCUCAGUCAGAAACUUAAAGAAACUCAGAGCAAGUAUGAGGCAGCCAUGAAAGAAGUUCUUAGUGUUCAGAAGCAGAUGAAACUGGGUCUUCUAUCACAGGAGAGUACGGAUAACUAUUCAUGUCUCCAUGAGCUGAGGGUCCCUGAUGAGAAAAUAGAUGUGCUAAAGCGAGAUCUGCAGAGUGCAUUAGAAGAAAGUGAAAGAAAUAAAGAGAGAAUAAGAGAGCUAGAGGAGAAACUUGUGGAAAGAGAGAAAGAUGCAGUGAUUAAGCCACCUGCCGAAGAGUAUGAGGAAAUGAAAAGUUCAUAUUGCUCUGUUAUUGAGAAUAUGAAUAAGGAGAAAGUGUUUUUGUUUGAGAAAUACCAAGAGGCCCAAGAAGAAAUAGUGAAAUUGAAAGAUUCACUAAAAAACCAGACAACACAAGAAGUUAGUGAUGAGGCUGAGGACAUGAAAGAGACCAUGAAUAGGAUGAUAGAUGAACUUAAUAAACAGGUGAGUGAGCUGUCGCAGCUGUACAAAGAAGCCCAGGCUGAGCUGGAAGAUUAUAGGAAGAGGAAGUCUGUAGAGGAUGUAACAGCUGAAUAUAUUCACAAAGCAGAGCAUGAGAAACUUAUGCAAGUGUCAAAUGUAUCCCGGGCUAAAGCAGAAGAGGCACUCUCUGAAAUGAAGGCUCAGUAUUCCAAAGUGUUGAAUGAGUUGACCCAGCUCAAACAACUGGUAGAUACACAGAAAGAGAAUUUUGUGUCUAUCACGGAACAUUUGCAAGUGAUAACCACUCUGCGGACAACUUCGAAAGAGAUGGAAGAAACCAUAGGCAGUCUCAAGGAGCACCUUGCAAGCAAGGAAGUGGAAGUGGCAAAGCUGGAGAAGCAACUUCUAGAGGAAAAAGCUGCCAUGACCGAUGCAAUGGUACCCCGGUCUUCCUAUGAAAAGCUCCAAUCGUCUUUAGAGAGUGAAGUGAGUGUGCUAACAUUGAAGCUAAAGGAUUCCCUAAAAGAGAAAGAGAAAGUCCAUUCAGAGUUUGCCCAUGUCCGAAGUGAAGUCUCACAGGUGAAAAAGGAAAAGGAAAACAUUCAGACUCUCUUGAAAUCCAAAGAGGAAGAAGUAAAUGAACUUCUGCAAAAAUUCCAGCAAGCUCAGGAAGAAAUUGCAGAAAUGAAAAGAUAUUCUGAGAGCUCUUCAAAAAUGGAGGAGGAUAAAGAUAAAAAGAUAAACGAGAUGUCAAAGGAAGUCAUCAAAUUGAAGGAGGCCCUGAACAGCCUCUCACAGCUCUCCUACUCAACAAGCUCAUCCAAAAGACAGAGUCAGCAACUGGAAGUGCUGCAGCAGCAGGUCAAACAGCUACAGAACCAGCUGGCUGAAUGCAAGAAACAACACCAGGAAGUCAUAUCAGUUUACAGAAUGCAUCUUCUGUAUGCUGUACAGGGCCAGAUGGAUGAAGAUGUCCAGAAAGUACUGAAACAAAUCCUUACCAUGUGUAAAAACCAGUCCCUGAAGAAGUAAAGUGGAUUCCUUGGCAAGACACUGCCUCCUGUUCACCUUUGUGUUAGAUCUGGAGCUGGUGGCGACCACUGCCAUUGUUCUUGUUUGUGGUAUGCACUGUGACUAGCAUAACUUCUUCCCUUUCCAAAGUUUCUGGGGACAAGCCCCAGGAAAACGCUGUCCUCCACAAAACUGCUUAGAGACUUCAGACCAGCAAAGGUGAAGUCCCAGUCAUCCUUUCAUAUUCUACAGCUGGGAUUAGCUACAUUUAAGAGUCUGCUCCUGGUGUUGGCAGCUGGCCACCCUGCUUGGUACCUGGACAGCUGCUGGAUUUAUCACUACCAAGUGAUCUGCAGAGGCCUACAUGCAGUGAAUGCUGCUUUGAUUCUGCCCUUUACCUGUGCCAUUCAGUAUAGGAGAGCUUUUUUUUUUUUUUUUUUUUUUUUUUUUUUUUUUUUUUGCCUGUUUUCAAAUCCCAAAAUAUGAUUUAAUUUCUAACUAAAUUAGUAAGGCACUAGUUAUGAAGUGCAUGCCUAUGACCCUUCAUCAUGACAGCCUAUGAAUUUAAAAGCUCUCAUAGUUUCUGCCCAGCUGCCUUAUGUAUCUCAUCACCCUGCUUAUCAACCUCAGUUUGAUAAGUACUAUUAACUAAACUAUGAAGUUUAAAAACAAAAUCAAACUGUCCUUAAAAGUUUGUUAAAUCAGUCAUUACCAUAUUACCAAUUUUCUAUGCAAACUUGGCUCCUGCUAUUAUCCAUGAAACUCAGGAAAUCCAAAUAUUUGUGUUUCAACAAGGGACAGUAAACUAUAUGUUUACAGCCAAAAGAAAUGCCUCAGAAUUCUUAACCUCGAUUUUUUAAAAGUGUUUUUUCUCUAUAGUAUUUUUAUUGGCUCUUAAAAACAUUUUCAUAUCUAAACCCCUAAAUAGUAAAAUUGCAUUAGAUUAUAUUAACAAAAUAUUUUUAGGUAACCAUGCUUAAGACUUCUUAAAAAUAGAACUUUGUCCUCAAAGUUUUCAGCUAUAGAAAAGGUAGUUAUGUAUUUGAGUCUUCAUAUAAGCUGCCACUUAGACCCCUAGGACUUUAUGCUACAGUGUUCAGAACUAUAGUACAUUUCUAAAUACAGUAAAUACUCUUCUUACAUGUUGAAUAUUUUCAAAUUGCCCAACUGAAAAAGCACCCAUAAAUUAUCUUUGGAAGGACUGCUUAUACCAUUCAGUUUUUAACUUUGAAAUUAAAAGUCUUGAUAUGGUAACAUGGUGCAUAGCAAAACGCAGGAAAAUGUUCUCGUUCCCUUUACUUUCGGGUUAAAAAUGUUUCUAACUUGCUUGCAGCUUCUUUUAUCAUAUUGAUCUUGAGGGAGACAAAUAAAAUAUAGUACUUAUAGUAUAAAACUAAAAGUAGAUGCCUGCUCUGACAGGGCCCAUAUACCCCAGGGAUGCCUGGGCUCAAGAGGGUACUUGGCUGAACUGGAUGAUAAAUUGAUCUGUAUUGGAUGAGGACCAAUGACAGCAAAACAAAAAUGGCUUUAAAGCUUGAUGUUGUUUCUUAAGUUUUUUAAUUAUAGCUAAGCAAUGUCAAAAAUGCUCCAAAGAAAUGUGAAAGGACUUUUUGUCAUAGCACUUAAGAAAAUUCAAAACAACCAUCCUUGUGCACCCACACAGAAAUGCUGCAGAGUCUAAAACUUGAGACAUUUUGUAGGAUGCCUGACAAAGUGUAGCCUUUUAUCUUGUUUCAGGAUGCAUAUUUAUUACAAGUAUUCUGGUUAAAUAUUGAAAAGGUAUAUGCUAUCGUUUAGCAUUUUGUCUUUGUAAUUUACAGAAAUUAUUGCGGAAAAUAAACAUGUUUCAUUUUGCA